UUUCCGCUGAUGAUGGCGAUGAUGGUGGUGCGGAGCGUACAAACUUCCCACACAUCGACAAGCCCGUUCAGCGUUCAGUUGAGUUGGUACUCGCUUCGGAAGCGUAUCGUGAUUUUGCGCGAGUUCGCGACCCUCUGUAGGAGUUUCAUACUCUGAGUGCUAUCCGGCCAGCCAGUCAGCAGUGCCAGUGCCGUGACCGUGUGAGGUGCCAAGCACAGUGUUGAUGUUUUGUUGCAGUUGUUUUGCUGAGAAACGACACUGCGGAAGAUCCUACCUUGGAGGUAGUGAUUGAUAGAAGUGAAGUAGUUCCGAUUCGUGCGUGUCAUCAAUCAAUCGCGUCUUCGUCGUAAACUCGAUAGAAUCCUCGCUGCUGAAACAGCAGCGCAGUGCAGACGUAAUUCGUAGCAUAAGUGUGUCAAACGGGUUGCGAUUCUCUUACGAUUUUCUGAUCGAUUUCUUCGCGGCACGGAGUUCCGUCGGAGGGAAGACAGUGCGGAGGAAGAGCGUGUUCUUAUUUCGCGGUGCAUCGUGAGCUGGAAGAGUUUUGAGCCUGAGUAAUUCGAAGAUUAUGAUGCUGGUUAUAGUUGUUUGGCCGUUCUGCGGGAACAAGGAAGAAUCGCACAGCAGUGAGCAGUGCUAUCGAGUGUUUUAGAAGGAAGCAAAGCAGCCAGAGAGUGAAUGUACACAGGUGAAGAAGAUUGAGUGAGUGCGAGUGAGAAGGCAAGACGGACCAAGUUACAUCGUUCGCUGUCUUGACCGCGGGGGUUGUUGAUUGAAGCAGAGCACGGGGCUGGCCUGGCAGUGGCCGGUCGACGGAGUGUUGGAUUGCGCUGAGUGGAGCGUGUUUUCGAUUUUGCUUUGGUUCAUGCUGUGUUCCUUCGGGAAGAACACGGGCACAGACGGGCGUAUAUUUGAGGUCAGUUUAUGAAGAAAGCUUACAAGUUUGAGUGGUGCACUGAAACGAGAAGAAUCCUGGAAAGUAGUGCAUAAAUCGGUGCAUGGCUACAAUUUUGCAGCAUUGUGCAACACGUCGUUAUUCGAAUGCUGCUAACGGUUGGUGCUUUGUUUAUGUUUUUGAUUUUUAACGUGGUUUGUGUUGAGAGAAAUCUGUUACGGAAUAAAUUCACUCUUUUAAAAUUAGAUAAAUUGCUCAUGCCUCCGUUUUUCAGGUGCCACAUUUCUUCCUCCAGCCGUUCGUGAUCGGCCGGAGCUUUUUCGUGUAAAUAAGGCUAAACCGUGAAUAAUACUGAAUAAUUUGAGCGGUGGGAAAAAAUAGUUCCAUCCUCAAUCGGUGCGCAUCAAAUCUCCAAUGGAAUGCUGCCCGCGGUGCAUGUGUUGCAAACGGUUUUCGUUUUCGAGUGUCGCUUAUCACGCGGAAUCAGCGACGCCUCGCUUCUGUCGUCGCAGCGUGUGGAUCAAGAUUCACCGCCUUGCGUAAUGUGAUAAGGUGCCUAACUAAGCGGUAUUUAAAACUCGCGAUGUGAAUCGGCGGGGCGCGUGUUGAAAUUUUAGUGCUACGGAAAAUUAAUUUCUUCAAAUGAGGUAAUCGAAAUCAUCACACAGUGGUGCUCGUUGGUGAUAAAAAAAAUAUACUGUCAGUCAGUGAAGGAAACGAAUGAAAAUUCGCCCCUGAUUUAUUGUCGAUUUUUGCGUUUGCGUUUAUGUUGGUGUGCUGGCGCGGUCGCUGCAGCUGAAUAAUCAGAAAAAGCUGCAUAAGAAAGGCAAACAAAGCGAAUACCGAGUGGAAGAAAAAAAAAUCGAGUGAAAUCCAGCAAGUCAGCAAGAUGAACAACAACGCAACUGGUGGUGGCAGCAACAGCGGAGCGGCGGGUGGAGGCUCCGGUGCGGGAGGCAAUAGCUCCCGGGCGCACUUGCAGUCUCUCUUCAACAACUCGCUGGCCAUCCGCCAGGAGAUUCAGCGGUUCGAGAGCGUCCACCCGUCGAUCUAUGCCAUCUACCAUCUGAUCGACCUGUUGGACGACAACCAGGUGGCGGCGCAGAUACGCGAUCACGUCGUCUGCAUUGAAGGUUGGUGCGUGCAAAGCGGAUUUCCUCGGAAUUGGUGUCUUUAAACAAUGAGACCCUUAUCUAAUUUAUACGUAUAUACAAGUUGUACAAGAAUAGG